GGCGGUGCUCUGUCAAACCGAGCGCUUGAAUAGCUCCUGUGCCGAAUACAACGUGAGAAAUAAGAGGAACCUUCCAUGCCUCAUUCGUCGGUUGAUUCCCUCAUCCCCACUCCUUUUCUCUCCGCAUCGACAAAUCCCCACGCAGAUACAAAGACAUCCGAGGUAAUGUUAUUGUAUAGUUUAUGUAACUUAUCCGCCAUUAGAUUCCAUGUUGCACUGGGUUUUAAUAGAAGCCACUGAAUGUGGAUGAUUUUGCCCUCAACACAACCGCACAGGCCUCACAUUGAACCAAGAACAAAAUGGUAGCUCGACAUAUUAAGACGGCUGGCCUAGUGGCAAACACUGCAACAAAUCAAAAAGUGGCAGAUAUUGUGAAGGGUGUUAUUGAUGAUAUCAGGGCUAAUGGCGACAAGGCCGUGAGAUCGUAUUCAGAGAAGUUUGAUAAAUGGUCACCACCGUCUUUCAAGUUGACGGAGAGCCAGAUACAAGAAUGCAUAUCGAGAGUUCCCGCACAGACAAUAGCAGAUAUAAAGGAGGCACAGCAAAAUGUGCGGACGUUUGCUGAGGCACAGCGAGCAAGUAUCAGCGAUUUUGAAAUCGAGAUCCGGCCUGGUGUAUUCCUUGGACAGAGAAACAACCCUAUCUCGACAGCAGGCGCUUACAUCCCGGGAGGUCGUUACCCUCUACUCGCGUCUGCCCACAUGACGAUUUUGACGGCAAAGGUUGCCGGCGUCAAACAUGUCAUUGCUUGCACGCCACCUAUUGCUGGACAGGUCCCCAAUGCCACCGUUGCGGCAGCGCACUUCGCUGGUGCCGAUGAGAUAUUCUUGCUUGGGGGAACACAGGCCAUUGCUGCCAUGGCGCUGGGAACGGAAUCUAUUAAGAAAGUUGAUUUCAUAGCUGGGCCGGGAAACCCAUUCGUCGCCGAAGCCAAGCGACAACUAUUUGGUGAAAUUGGGAUCGACCUGCUCGCUGGGCCGACAGAAGUUCUCAUAGUCGCCGAUGAGCACGCAGACCCCUUCACCAUCGCGACUGAUUUGCUUUCUCAGGCCGAACACGGACCAGAUUCUCCACCCAUACUAAUCACUACUUCAGAGGAGGUGGGCCGACAGACUAUCAAGUUCGCCGAGCAGAUCCUGGUGAAUAUGCCGACCGCGGAACUCGCCGGCGCUUCGUGGCGAGACUAUGGCGAGGUGGUCGUAGUGGAUAACCUAGACGAGGCGUACGAGCUUGCGGACGCCUAUUCGAGCGAGCACGUGCAGAUCUUGACCGAGAAACCAAGAGAGGCUUUGGAGAAGAUGAGGAACUACGGCUCUCUAUUUCUUGGCGAGAAGACAUGUGUUUCGUACGGUGACAAGUGCAUCGGAACGAACCACGUGUUGCCCACGCGCAAAGCAGCGCGGUAUACCGGCGGGCUGUGGGUUGGCAAGUACCUGAAGACGCAGACGUUCCAAGAAGUCGUAGACGAGAAAGCUAGCGGGGAGAUCGGCCGCCUUUGCGGGCGUUGCUCGAGGGCUGAGAAUUUUGAAGGACAUGCGAGGUCUGGUGACUUGAGGGCUCACAAGUAUCUUCAGGAUGCGCACUCGUGGAUUGAUGAAGCAAGAACAUAGUACCGGUACGUCCUUGGGGUCUCGAAAAUCUAAUAAUCUCUAUAUACAUUGAAUAUAUUGGUCGUCUCCGUAAGCCCCCUUUCCCUCUUACCUUGCAAAAACCGGUAUCUCGCGCC